AUGGCCAAGUUUGCAUCCACCAUCGCCCUUCUCUUCGCUGCUCUUGUUCUCUUUGCUGCUUUUGAAGCACCAACAAUGGUGGAAGCACAGAAGUUGUGCGAGAGGUCAAGUGGGACAUGGUCAGGAGUCUGUGGAAACAGUAACGCAUGCAAGAACCAGUGCAUCAACCUUGAGGGAGCCCGACAUGGAUCUUGCAACUACGUCUUCCCAGCUCACAAGUGCAUCUGUUACUUCCCGUGUUAA